AUGCAGUGCUUCUGCAGUUGGGACGACAACAAUUCCUUAGAGUGGAGACUCCACAGAAACCUUGUCCCUAUAAGGCAGCUAGUUCUCUCCUGUGAGGACGAGAAGAAGCACCAUAUCCACAAGACAAUCUAUGUCCCCACUAGACAUGUCCCCAUAGUGAAGUCUCCACAGUCCCAUGUCCCCAUAGUGAAGUUUCCACAGUCCCAUGUCCCCAUAGUAAAGUCUCUACAGUUCCAUGUCCCCAUAGUGAAGUCUCUACAGUCCCAUGUCCCCAUAGUGAAGUCUCUACAGUCCCAUGUCCCCAUAGUGAAGUAUUUACAGUCCCAUGUCCCCAUAGUGAAGUUUCCACAGUCCCAUGUCCCCAUAGUAAAGUCUCUACAGUUCCAUGUCCCCAUAGUGAAGUCUCUACAGUCCCAUGUCCCCAUAGUGAAGUAUCCACAGUCCCAUGUCCCCAUAGUGAAGUAUCCACAGUUCCAUGUCCCCAUAGUGAAGUCUCUACAGUUCCAUGUCCCCAUAGUGAAGUCUCUACAGUCCCAUGUCCCCAUAGUGAAGUAUCCACAGUCCCAUGUCCCCAUAGUGAAGUAUCCACAGUUCCAUGUCCCCAUAGUGAAGUCUCUACAGUUCCAUGUCCCCAUAGUGAAGUAUCCACAGUUCCAUGUCCCCAUAGUGAAGUCUCUACAGUUCCAUGUCCCCAUAGUGAAGUCUCUACAGUUCCAUGUCGCCAUAGUGAAGUCUCUACAGUUCCAUGUCCCCAUAGUGAAGUCGCCACCGUUCCAUGUCCCCAUAGUGAAGUCUCUACAGUCCCAUGUCCCCAUAGUGAAGUCUCCACAGUACCUUGUCCCCAUAGUGAAGUCUCAAUAG